UGCUCUUAGAUAUAGCGUCAGUAUAUCGCAAGCCAUCAAAGAUCUCGCACCAUGAGAUUCUCAGUUUUAAUAUUUCUAAUAACAUCGUGCUAUUGUGAUGUGGAUUUCAGUGAACGACCGAGGAAUUUUAGCGUGGAACUGCUGUACCACACUCAAAAGGCCAUUGGUGGACAUGUUGUGAUAUCACCUUUCGGAAUCUGGACACUUAUGACCGGUUUAGCCGUCGGCGCCACCGGCGACAGCUUCGAGCAAAUAAGGAUCGCUUUUAUCCUUCCAAGGAGUCUAAAAACGGUAGUAGCCGGCUAUAAAGGCUUAACUAACUCUGUGCUAAAGAGAGCUUCUGAUGGAGUAUCUUUAACAAGUAAGAACUUUGUAUUUGCAGACGACGAUUUAUUCCUUAAACCAGGAUUCAAGCAGACUGUCACCAAAGAUUUUGAUGCUACUAUCAAAGUUCUCGAUUUUAAAGACUCAAACGAUGCUGCAGCUAAAGCUAACAAUUUUAUACUUAACUCCGGAGCUCGUGUUACAAACGUACUGUUUUCUGAAGAUUUUGAACAGUCAAGGAUGAUUUUGACAAAUGUGAUAUCUUUUAAAGGAUUAUGGACAUCACCUUUCAACGCAAGUGAUACGACCGUUGAGGAUUUUUAUAACGAAAACAAAGAAGUAAUGGGGAAAGUGAAAAUGAUGCAACAGAAAGGAGAAUUCCCUUUGACAAACAUUGUGGCUCUUAAGUCCUUCGUUUGCGAGCUGACUUAUGGAACUGAUGAGGCGUACUCCAUGCUCGUAAUUCUUCCCCACCCAGGAGUUAAAGUUGAAGACGUUUAUAAAAUACUAGAGAAUAUUACUAUUCCUGAUAUAAUAGCAAGACUCCAGCAAGAUAUAAACGACUACGGUUUAGAUGAAGUUGAGAUUAAACUACCAAGAUUCAAAAUAAGUACUAAUAUAGUUAUGAAUAGACCUUUAAAUGAUAUGGGUGUUUAUGACAUAUUUGAUCCGGCAUAUGCUAGUUUUAGCAGAGCAACGAAUGAGAGUAUAUAUGUUUCGUCCAUAGUGCACAAAGCGGAUAUAGAAGUUAGCGAGGCAGGGACAGUGGCGUCUGCUGUGUCCGCAGCUGUUUUAAGCAAUAGGUUUGGUGCAACUAGAUUGGUUGCUGACAGGCCUUUCCUGUACUUUAUUAUCGAGAGGUCCACUGCUACUGUCAUUUUUGCGGGCAUCUAUUCCAAGCCAUCUUUGUAUUAAAAUAUGUUUUGUAAUUUUA